UUCAUUCGCCUCCUGGUCCGCAGCUGCACUUUGCCUUGCCGUCAUCUUAGGAGCUGCCAGCUCAUUACUCAGGUUGCGGAUUUGUUGAACCCGCCACAAUACCUGCUACACGACAAACAUGGCGGGGCAGGCGGGAUACUGUGCCAUGCGGAGCCAUUGUGGGCCAAAAGACUGGGUUAGCAAGUCUUUGCCUUGCCCGUCUAAUGAACCUGCUUCGGAGGAGGGUGUCGACCGCGACCUCCUAGUAUCAAUAUGCGGCGAAGAAUUUGCGGAUGGCGGAACGUGUUGCACCACAGAUCAACUCGAAGCUCUACGAGAUAACCUCGGUCAAGCAGAGAACAUCAUUGCGUCUUGCCCAGCAUGCAGGAACAACUUUCGAAAGUUCUGGUGUACCUUCACUUGCUCUCCCGAUCAGGCAACCUUCUUAAACGUCACUAGUACCCAGAAGUCCGUUCUAGACCAGACAGCAGUCAAGUCAGUCGACUUCAUCGUUUCUGAACGCUUCGGUCAGGGAUUUUAUGACAGCUGCAAGAGCAUACAAGUUGGUGCCACGAAUGGAUACGCCAUGGAUCUCAUUGGUGGUGGUGCGAAAGACUACCGUUCGUUCCUCCAGUUCAUGGGCGACGUGAAGGAUAUUGGCAGUCCAUUCCAGAUCAACUUUCCUGAACAGGUACCCCCCGAAAUGACACCCUUCGAUGCCAGACCCCGUAAUUGCGCGGAUAACGACCUCGGCAGCCGCUGUACAUGCAUAGACUGUCCCUCCGUAUGUCAAACACUUCCCCCGGUACCCCCGCCAGGUUCCGAACCGUCGUGUCACGUCGGCGCGUUCAGCUGCUUGUCCUUUUCCCUCGUUAUUCUAUACGGCCUCUGCGUGCUCGCCUUCGUUGUGGGGUACAUCAUCCCAUUUACAAUACGAAAGAGGAAGGAGAGAUCCUACGAGCGUGUCGCCCUAUCCGCGGAUGGUGCAUCCGACAACACGCCGCUAUCACCGCGGUCCCAUUCUCGAGGUCUUGUCGGAGCAUCCUCCUUGGCACACCAGGACGUCGACGAGUCUUCGGGGAACUUCUCGGAUUCCCGCCAUCUCGGACGAGGCGCGUCAUUGCUGGAUCCCAUCGAGACGGUCCAACCUCGUCAGUAUAGAUUGAAUGCGUACCUCCGUCGUACCUUCUACCGCCUGGGACUUCUGGCCGCCACAUAUCCCUGGAUGACGUUCGCCGUCAUGUUCGCCUUCAUGGCUCUGCUGAAUUUCGGCUGGAGCGAAUUCAAGAUCGAGACAGACCCUGUUCGACUUUGGGUUGCUCCAGAUUCCGAGAGUAGGAUGCAGAAGGAGUACUUCGACGAGCACUUUGGACCCUUCUAUCGCCCGCAACAGAUUUACGUAACCGUGGCUACACAGUCGCCUUUUGACCUGCAGGGUAGCGAUGCCUUAGCAGCUGUUGCCAGCGAGCAGAAGCCCCCGGUGUUGUCGUGGGAUCAUCUCAAGUAUUGGCUUAGUAUCGAGGCCGAGAUACGCGAACUGAAAUCCUCUCCCAAUACGUACACCCUGGACGAUGUUUGCUUCAAGCCCCUCGGACCUGAUGGCGCAUGUGUCGUGCAGUCUGUAGGAGGAUGGUUCGGCAAUGACCUCGAGGCAUAUGAACCAGAUACAUGGGAAGACCGUCUCUCGCAUUGUGCCAAAUCACCGGUAGACUGCAGGCCAGACUUUCAGCAGCCCCUCGCCCCACAGUACGUGCUAGGUGGUAUACCUGAGGUCAACGAUACCAAGAUGUACCUGGAGUCACAGUCGCUCGUUAUCACCAUCGUCGUAUCGGACUCCCUUGACCGGGAAAUCCAAGACAGGGCCCUUGAAUGGGAGCGCACGUUACGGGCCUACUUAGAAGACCUUAGCGAGCGCAUUCCUCGGGAGGCCGGCCUGGAUAUAGCCUUCUCAACCGGCGUGUCACUGGAAGAGGAGCUUAACAAGAGCGCAAACACGGAUGUCAGGAUUGUUGUCUUGUCAUAUCUUGCCAUGUUCUUUUAUGUGUCCCUUACACUCGGCAACGGGUUCGCAGGUCGAGACGAAGAGGGUGUCUCCGCAUCGCUCGCUAGGUGGGCUAGGAACUUCCCCAAGCUCUUCAGUUCCUCCGCUGCAACAGCGUCCAUCGACUCUAGCAACAUGCCGACCCUCUUCCCUCGCUUGCCCCGCAAACUCUUUAUUGGCUCAAAAGUCAUCUUGGGCCUCUUUUCCAUCUCCCUUGUCAUACUUUCCGUCUCGUCAUCUGUCGGCUUCUUCUCUAUUCUUGGCGUUCGCGCCACACUGAUCAUUGCUGAGGUUAUACCAUUCCUUGUGUUGGCUGUCGGCGUCGACAACGUCUUCAUUCUCGUGCACGAGAUGGACCGACAGAACAUCCUCCAUGGACCGAAUGCCUCUCCAACAGCCAACUUCAGUGGAACGACUCCACUCUCUCCAACACAGUCUCGCGCACGCCCGCAGUUUGAGCCAUCACCCUCGCACGAUGACUCAGUUGACGCGGAGUCGAUGCCGUUGUACCUAUCCAUCGAGGAACGUGUCGCGCGGACAUUGGCCAAGAUGGGUCCGUCAAUUUUGCUCAGCACGAUCACGGAGUUUGUUGCGUUUGCUCUCGGCGCGAUUGUGCCCAUGCCGGCUGUGCGCAACUUCGCUCUGUACGCAGCGGGCAGCGUGCUCCUCAAUGCUAUGUUGCAAGUUACUGUCCUUGUCAGUGCAAUGGCUCUGGACCAGCGACGAGUAGAGGCGAGCAGGGUUGACUGCUUCCCCUGCAUUCGCUUGCCAUCGCGCAUUGCCCUCAUGGAUCCGCCGCAAGCCGGGAGCGGACUUGGCAUAUUGGGCAAAUUCAUUCGUCGCCACUACGCCCCCUUCUUACUCAAGCCUAUUGUCAAGGGCAUCGUAUUGCUGACAUUCGCCGGCUUGCUGGUAUGUUCUGUAAUAUAUAUUCAGCAUAUUGAGCUCGGACUUGACCAAAGGUUGGCACUGCCUUCCGAGUCGUACCUGAUCAAGUGGUUCGAUAGCGUCGACGCCUAUCUCCAAAUCGGCCCUCCAGUCUACUUCGUUGUGGAGGAUGCACAUGUUGAGAGUCGCACCAUCCAACAGGAGCUCUGCGGCCGCUUUACCACAUGUGACGAUUUCUCAGUCGCCAAUUUACUCGAGGCGGAGCGCAAGAGAACGGAAUCGUCGUUCAUCUCGGAUCCGACGGCGUCCUGGAUCGACGACUUCAUGGGCUGGUUGAACCCCACGAAUGGGAAGUGCUGCCGCAUUAACAAGCGCGACCCUAGCAAGUUCUGCACAGACAGACAAUCUCCACGAAUAUGUAAGCCGUGCUUCGAGGAUCGCGAGCCCGCCUGGAACAUUACGAUGGACGGGUUCCCUCAGGAUGAGGAGUUCAUGCGCUAUCUUAAGCAGUGGCUCAUCUCGCCGACGUCAGAAGACUGUCCCCUCGCUGGCGCGGCGUCCUUUGGCACAGCUCUCUCCUUCAACGAAGAUAGUACCCAGGUUGUUGCGUCCCAUUUCCGCACUAUGCACAAGCCUCUCAAGUCGCAAGCGGAUUAUAUUGACUCCUUCCACGCCGCACACCGCAUCGCAGACGAAAUCUCAGAGAGUACCGGCCUGCGCGUCUUCCCAUACUCCUUCCAUUACGUCUUUUUCGACCAGUACGCGCACAUCAUAGCCAUCACGGAACAGGUUCUUGGGCUUGGCCUCGCGGCGGUGCUCAUUGUAACUGCGCUGCUUCUUGGCUCGUGGCGCACGGGCAGCAUCGUUACAGGCGUCGUCGCGCUCACUGUUGUGAACGUCAUGGGCGUGAUGGGCAUCUGGAACAUCAACCUGAACGCCAUCAGCCUCGUGAACCUCGUCAUCUCGCUCGGCAUCGCGGUCGAGUUCUGCGCGCACGUCGCCAGAGCAUUCAUGAGCUCGGGCUCGGGCUUGCCCAUCGACCAUCCCGCAGGGCAGAAGGAGCGCGACGAGCGUAUGUGGACAGCGUUGAUUGACGUUGGGCCCUCGGUAUUGUCCGGAAUCACAUUCACGAAGCUAAUUGGAAUGUCCGUACUCGCGCUCACACACUCAAAGAUCCUCGAGGUCUACUACUUCAGAAUGUGGAUUACUCUGAUCAUAGCCGGUGCUCUACACGGCCUCGUGCUACUCCCUGUCGUUCUCAGCUUAGCUGGCGGUCCCGGCUUCCCGUUGCAAGAAGCGGACGAGGAAUGGAUGUCGCAUGCUAUCAGGAAUGAUUAUGAAUAUACCCCAUUCCUUGCAGACGAUGACUCUGGGGUCAGCGACUAAUCGUUUACAUAUCAUACCUAGGACCUGUUAUUUUAUUCCCUCAGCGCCACUCAUCACGGCCAGUAGGAGCAAACAGCGAUGUAUUGUUCCGUACUGUACUUGAAAUAUAGCAUUCGGCACUUCGUACUGGGGCAAAAAGAGAGUGACUAUGUGAAAUCCCUGGAUCACGGCGGUGGCGACCGUGACCUGCUAUCCCUGAUAUCAUCCCUACUGGAGCUCCUUGCACGGCUGCGCGAACGCGUACGACUCCUACUACGCGAGUACCGAGAGUAUGACGAGUACGACAUCGAGCGAGUGCGGGAGCGCGGCGUGAGGGUCCUGGUCCUGGACCGGCUCGAGCGCACAGAGUAGCUUCGUGAGCGUGAGCGGCGGCGGUAUCCCGUGCCGCCGCGCUCGUAGCUUGGCGACCUCCGGCGUGGCGGCAGGCGGUCGCCCCUGCGUAUGGGCGAACGCGAGCGAGAGCGCGAGGGUGGACGGUACGUGUCUCUGGGCGGCGGGCCGCGGCGUCCGUACCGGGGCCGGUAUUCGAAGCGGUCGAAACGAUCGCGCCUGCCGAAGCUGCGGCGCGGCGGCGAGCGUGAGCGGGAAGGGGAGCGUGAGUACGACCGGGGCUUGGUGCGGCCGUUGCGUGGUGGUGGACGGGGUGAGCGCGAGCGCGAGCGGACGGGGAGCUCUGAGAGCUCGACUUUGAGGAUCGCGCCGUCGAGCUGACCACCGUUCAUGUGGGAGGCGGCGCGGUGCGCUGACGCGGACUCUGCGAACUCGAGGGACGCUUUGCCUCUGUUUUGGCCGGAUUUUCCGAAUAGCGGCAGGUCAAUCUUCGAUAUCUCCCCGUAAAAGCUGAAGAUGGUCUGCAAGUGGGACUCUACGACGUUCCUUGUGAGGUUCGUAACGAUGAUCACUUUUGCGAGCGGCUUGUCUAUUCUGUCAUCGGCGUCCAUGUCCACGUCGGCGUCGCGGAGCGGAUGUGGCGAGGUUGAGCGUCCCCGGGUCGACAUGUUGUUGUGAGCU